ACAACCCAAAUUUCCCCCUCAACCCCUCCAACCCCCUCCAGACCCAAAUAUCUCCCUGAAAAUCGCACCGAGGAGCCCCAAACCCUCUCAGGGACCCUCCUAGGGCGCCAACAACCCCUCCACAGGACCCCAAAUGCCCCCGGAUGACCCCAAUCCCCCGUCCCGCAGCCCCCAAAUAACGCCUCUGUCUCUCUGCCCAGGCUCCCCCGGACCAUGUCCCGCUCGCCCCCAGCCCGGGGCUGGGCCCCCCCGCCGCCCCCGCACCGCCUGCGCUCCCUGGCGCGCUCCUGGCUGGACGAGGACGCGCCCUGGCCGGACGCGGCGGUGGCGACCGUGGGGGACAGCGCGGUCCGAGCGCAGCUGCUCAGCAAGGGCGGGGGGGACUCGGGGGGCGUCCUGGCGGGGGCCCCCCUCGCCGAGGCCGUUUUCGGGGUGUCGGGGUGCCGCCUCAGCUGGAGGGUGCCCGAGGGGGCGGCGCUGCCCCCCGGGCAGGUGUUGGUGGCCGAGGUGGAGGGUCCGGCCGCGGGGGUGCUGGCAGGGGAGAGGGUCGCCCUCAAUAUUCUGGGGCGCUGCAGAGGGGUGGCCUCGAUGGCCGCCAGGGCUGUGGGGGUGGCCCGGGCACAGGGAUGGGCGGGGGUCGUGGCGGGCACCCGAAAAACCACGCCCGGGUUCCGCUUGGCGGAGAAAUACGCGCUGGGGGUGGGGGGCGCUGACCCCCACCGGGGAGGUUUGGGGGGACUCCUCCUCCUCAAGGACAAUCACCGAGCGCUGGCGGCGGCAGCGGGGGGGCUCGAGCAGAUGAUUUUGGGGGUGCGCCAGGCCGGGGGCUUCACCUGCCGGUUGGGGGUCGAGUGCUCGAGUGCGGACGAGGCGCUGGCGGCUGCUGGGGCUGGGGCUGACAUCGUCCUGCUGGACAAGCUGGCCCCCCAGGAGCUGCACGCGGCGGCGGCACAGGUCAAGGCUGCUCAUCCCGGAGUGACAGUGGAGGCCAGCGGGGGCAUCGUUUUGGGGACCCUCCCUGAGUUUCUGGGGCCCCACAUCAACGUGGUGUCCAUGGGGUGUAUGACCCACAGCGCCCCCGCCCUGGACUUUGCGCUGCGGGUGCUGGAGCCCUAAAAUCCAUCCCCUGAGCCUAGGACCCCCAAAAUCCAACCUAGGACCCUAAAAUCCUGCUCUGGAAUCCCAAAACCCAACCUGAAAUGCCCAAAUCCAUUCUGGGGAGGGUGAAACCCACCAUGAACUCUGAAAUCCACUCUGGGAAUCCUCAAAUCCCAAGGCUCCCCCACUGUGAAGUCAGGCACUGAGUCCUCCCAGUCACAAGGGGGCGCCAAUUCUUGAGAGCUGCUCACAUCCUGGGACACACAAAAACCAUUUUGGACCCCAAAAUCUGUCUUGGAACCUCCUGAAUCAACCCUGGGACCUUAAAAGUCCACUCUGGGGCCCUCCAGAACCCAUCUUGGGACCCCCAAAUUCCCCCCGAGACCCCACAAAACCCACUCUGAGGAUC